AAGCUAGCGUGAGGGAUUAAAGUGUAGCGUUCACGAUCGUGCUCUGAAACACCGUCCAAACGCAGCGAGGCUUAUUCAAACAGCUUUCUCUUGUGCAUGUUUAUUUAGACGACACGUAGUAAAGAAGAGCGAUGUCGCUGUCAGCAACGGAGUCCCCGGAAAAGACAAAGUUAGAGGCAGAAAUAAAGGUGUGACGACAGGGGCUGCUGUGUACAGGUUCAGCUACAAGACUGGCUGUUUCUUUGCAUGAAUGUGUGUGGUUUUGUAUCUUAAUGAGUGAGUGCCAUAACACCUGGCAAUUGUAACGUGAUGCCAAGAUGCUGCUGUCCCUGGGAAUGCUGAUGUUGUCAGCCACACAGAUUUACACCAUCUUCACUGUCCAGCUCUUUGCCUUCCUCAACCUGCUGCCCGUGGAGGCCGACAUCGCUGCUUACUCAUUUGACAACAAAACUGAAAACUUCGAUGAUCUUCCUGCUCGGUUUGGCUUCCGGCUUCCCAGCGAUGGAUUGAAGGGCUUUCUGAUCGGCGCACGACCAGAAAAUGCAUGCGAGCCCAUCGAGCCUCCUCCCAGGGACAACUUGACGGGUGCUUUCAUCGUCCUCAUCAAGAGAUUUGACUGCAACUUCGACAUCAAGGUCCUCAACGCUCAGAAAGCCGGGUACAAGGCAGCCAUUGUCCACAAUGUGGACUCCGAAGACUUGAUUGGCAUGGGAUCCAAUGAUUUGGAUGUUGUGAAGCAGAUCGUUAUCCCGUCUGUGUUUGUGGGUGAGGAAACGGCCAUCUCUCUGAAAGAGGACUACAUGUACGACAAAGGGGGGCACGUGGUUCUCAUCCCAGACUUCAGCCUGCCGCUGGAAUACUACCUGAUCCCUUUCCUCAUCAUUGUGGGAAUCUGCCUCAUCCUCAUUGUGGUUUUCAUGAUAACCAAAUUUGUCCAGGACCGACACAGGGCUCGGAGGAGCCGCCUGCGGAAAGAUCAACUCAAGAAACUUCCCAUCCACAAGUACAAGAAAGGGGAUAACUAUGAUGUCUGUGCCAUAUGCCUGGAUGAGUAUGAGGAAGGAGACAAACUCAGAGUCCUGCCAUGCUCUCACGCUUACCACAGCAAGUGCGUGGACCCCUGGCUGACCAAAACCAAGAAGACGUGUCCGGUGUGCAAGCAGAAGGUGGUCCCCUCGCAGAGCGACUCCGACUCGGACUCGGAGGAGGGGGACAGCAGCCCCGAGGAGAACGAGGAGGUGUCUGAGAGCACGCCGCUGCUGCGCUCCCUGGCCUCCACCAGCGCUCACUCCUUCGGCACCAUGUCCGGAGCGUCGCGCUCGGAGCAGGACCAGGACUCCUCCGACUACGAAGAGGACGAGCUGGACAGCAGCGACAGUGAGGAGGAGGUUACCGUGGAGACUGUUGUGGUGCAGAUGCAGCAGCCGUGCUCUGAAGAGCACGACCUGCCCCGAGCCUGAAAGGUCUCCCUGAAACCCCCCACACCCACCCUGACUUCACCACUGCAGACUUUUGUUCGGGGCGGGCGUGGACAAAAUCAGAACGGAUUCAUCAUUGCUUACGAUUCAUUGUAACCAAUCUUGGAGUUCAGAUACACAUUUAAGUUUUUACAUGAUUGUGGUUAAAUUUGCUGAGUUCCAGGUGUGUUGACGGGUCGGUCUGGUUCUCGGAGCAGCUGCUUGGCAGAUUUGACAGGACUGAUGACAUUUUUAAUACGGUAUACUACAUUACUGUACUCUUGUCAUAAAAAGAUAACUCAGAAAGGUCCAAAGGUUCCAGACACAACAACGCUCAACUCAAAGUCCAGGACGAGUACUUUGUGUGUAUAUAUUAAGUACAAAUCACAAUAAGUGACAUCUUAAUCGACUUUCUUCAUGCUAAAUUGACAACGCAAACCACUAUGCAGAACCCCAUUUGUAAAAAUGGAAGUUGUCAUCAAAUUUAACAUUUAAAGCCACCGCAAGUUUCUUUUGCCAAUUUCUUUCUAGCCUGGUGUUUUGGUGUCAGUUUAUCUGUUACAAUGAUUGAAUCAGAUUCACGUGUAAGAGAAACUGAAGACAAACCAGUUAACACAGGGGGGGGUAUAAAAACAAACACUCCAUGAGGCAUCACAUGAAUGUGAGUUACACUAGUUUCACACUGCCUUUGGUAAACUUGUUGGAUUUCGUUUCACGGUUACGGAGCUGUAGGCCUCGUAAUGCCUAUUGCAGUUGUCCAGAUUUGAUACCAUUCAUGAGAAAUGUGCAGAAUGUUCUUGUCCUCCAUAAAAUGGCUCGAUUUCUGUUGUCACGUUGCCUUUUCAUUUCAUGUAUUGUCGUUUCUCCUGCCCAUGCAUGUCUGUUUAUAGUUCAAACUUGCUUCAAUAAAAUGACACUUGACAAGA